GCCAGGUUUUCUUUUUAUAUCUUUUAACUUCAAACGUAUAUAAAAAACUAAAAAAAAAGGAGAUCGUUUUUAGUAUAUACAUGAAUUCUACCCAAUCCCAGGCCUCUACCAAUCCUAAACCCGUCUUGCAUGGUGUAAAAAUUAAACAAAGAAAAGGUGUCCAAAAAGCCAACGCUAAACACGAGCCUGAGAUUUUUAGGGAUCAAUUACUUGCUCAUUUGAAAACAAUUGAAGAGGGUGAUUUUGAAGCUAUUUCUACUAAACUUGACAUUCUUGGAAAUACACUUGAAUAUCGUAAAUACGGUGAUUCUUUAUUUGAAAUUCUUAUUACUGGUGGUAUUUUAGAAACUGGAGGAAAUAUUGAUGAUGACGCUGAACGAAGCCCUUUUUGCAUUUUUGCAGCACAAGAUGAAACCUCCAUGAUUAAGAAAUACGUUGAAGUUUUUAAUAAAUUAAUUCGUCGUUAUAAAUAUUUGCAGAGAAUCUUACGAGAAACACUUGAGAAUCUUUUGCAAUUCGUCAACAAAUGGCAAGCUGAAGAGAAUUCCAAAUUGGCCAAAGCUACUGGUCUUUUUAUCUGUAAUCAACUUACACCUGCUUCUGUUCUGAAAGUCUUGUUUCAGGACUAUUUAAUGAAGGAUGGCUAUUCUUUGGCUUUUACCACUACUGUUUUCCGUACCGUGAUGCGUGAGCAAAGCAUCGAACAAUUAGGUCGUGCUUUGACCAGUGAAGGUUUAAACUCUCGUAUUCUUGAUUUCUUCCCACCUAAUAAGCGAGAUGAAGAUUGUCUUAUUCGACAUUUUGAAGCAGAGGAUAUGAAAGAAUUUGUUGAAUACUAUCGCAAGAAUAAGAAAAACUCUAUCAAGAACACCCUUUUAAAUGAGCUAUCCGAGCUUGUUCAAGGUGAAGCUUCUAAUGCUGAAGUGAUUAGUUUUAUUAAAACAAAUAUGAAUGAAGGAGGACUUACUGAAUCUGACGUAAUUCCUAUCAUUUGGCAAUCUAUGAUGAAUACUGUUGAUAUGAUGAGUCGUUCUGAUCAAAUUGAAUCUCAAGUCUUACGUGCUAUUGGACAAUGGACUAAAAUUCUAGAAGAAUUCUGUAGCUCUCCCAAGACUGAAAUUGUUUUGCUUCAAAAAGUUCAAGCUAGUUGUUAUGAAGAUGUCAAACUUACAAAGUAUUUCCGUCGUAUCAUUCAAACACUUUAUAAAAAUGAUGUUUUAUCAGAUAACGCAAUUCUUUAUUGGAAUGACAGAGCACAUCUCACUCAAGGAAAGACUCUCUUCUUGAAACAAUUGGAGCCCUUUGUAAAUUGGUUGAGAGAUAAUGAUGAUAGUAGUGAUGAAGAUUCAGAUUAAUUUUUAUAUUGAUAAAUAAAAUAGUGUUUAUAUAUUUAUAUAAAUUGGAUAUGGUUAUUAUGUAAACGUCUUUUUCUUAAUUCUAACGAAAAUAAAUAAAUAAAGUUAACUUGUAUCAAUGCAUGCCAUUGACUGUGCAGUCGACUUUAACCAAAC